AUGGCGCAAGGCACCGUGAAGACCAAAACUUCCAAACCCUCCAAACCUUCACGCACCUCCAAGAACAGUAUCACGAAAAAGGGUGCUCGCACCAUCGCGCCAAAGAAAACCUUCCUUAUGAAACAGCAAAAGAUGACCAAAAGGUUCUCAGCCGGUCUGACAGCCAAGACGGAGAAGAUGCUGGGCGAGAAAGUGGGACACUUGGAAAUGCUGGGAGUGGAAAAGAAGAAGCGGAAUAAUGAGAAUGACAAGGCAGGGAAGGGACAGAGCAAGAAGAAGGGCUGA